AUGGAUGUAUUAUUAGAUUGUCUAUGUUCUCUGUCACCAUGCUGUAGUUGCUAUCGACCACGUAAUAGUCAUACUGAUUGGGAUCUCUACGAGCCGCUUUUACAUGAAAGUGAACGAGGAGCUGUUAAUGACCUCCUGAAUUAUUUAAAUAAAGAAAGCAAUAAAUUAGUUAUAAUACAGAGUGGUGCUGUUGGAUUAUUAAUUCAGUUGAUGACAUCACGUGAUUUUGAAGUUCAAUGUAACACAUGUGGAUGCAUAACUGCCUUGGCAACUACAGAUAUAAACAAGAAAGCUAUUGUGAAUGCUGGUGGAAUAGAGCCUUUAUUAAUUUUAUGCAAGUCACAUGAUGUGAGGGUUCAAAGAAAUGCCACUGGUGCUUUGUUGAAUUUAACACAUAUAGCAAGUAGUCGCAAUGAGAUGGUAUCCCAGGGUGCAAUACCAACAUUCAUUAACUGUCUUCGAAGCAAAGACUCUGACGUACUUUAUUACUGCACAGCGGCGUUAAGUAACAUUGCCGUUGAUCAUCGGUAUCGUUGUAUGAUGAUAGCUGUUGGACAUUAUGAUGUCAUAAGAUCGUUUAUUUCACUGCUCUCAUACCCAGCAGAUAAAGUCAAAUGUCAAGCCUGUCUUGCUUUGAGAAAUAUGGCCUCAGAUGAUGACAAUCAAGUGUUGAUAGUUACUUUGGGUGUUUUGCCAAGUCUUUAUAAUAUUAUAAAUAGUGGUAUCAAAGAUACAUUGACUGCUGCUGUUGCUGUGCUCAGGAAUCUGUCAAUACAUAGAAAAAAUGAGGUUACGAUUGUGAGAGAAGGUUUUAUGCCAGAGAUAUGUCGAAUAUUACUUGAUGCUGACAGUUUACCGGAAGCCAAAUGUCAUGCAGCGGGAACUAUGCGUAACUUGGCAGCAGGUGAACAGAUGAAGGUAAAGUAG